AUGCAAGUGUUCAAGCUGGUGAAGCAACCCGAACGACGCAACAAACAACAAACUCGCACCCAAGGACACACUCUGCGUGAUGAAGGGUUUAUGGACUCCAUGAAGGCCUACAAACUGCACGACGUUGAGAACCUGAAGAUGACUCACGCUACAGUCAUGAUGAACAAGUUCUUCAAUGACUUGCCGCUCCCGGACACAAUCGACGACGACGACGAUGACACCAGGCCGGCACCAAUAUCGAGCUCCAACGAGCACUCGGUUCUGCUCCCACCAUCUUCGAACCUGCCGUCCACACAGUCCGCAACGCAGUCGACACCGCCAACGACCCAUCACGCCGACCCCCGUAGCACCGUCACCCACAAGCAACACGACCGCACCAUCACGAACAAGCACCACGUUAGCACCAACGUGCACAAGCACCGCAACUGCACCGACACGGCCCCCUGCACCACAAGCCGACACGCCACCACAAAGCAGCGCCAGCCAAGUUAA